AUGGCGAGCGCUUCAUCAGAAACCGAUCAGCUUUUGUCCUGGGAUCUAGACCUUGCUCUAGAGACUCCCUUGGAUAUUGUUCUGUUCAUUGACUGGUACUGCAGGAGGCCUGGGGCAGCUCCCAAGAGCACUGCCUACAUGGCAACCAGGCUGCUCCUUGAGAAUGAAUCCGAUAAGGGGAAAUUCAGCAUCGAGAAGGACCUCGCCAAAUCCCAGUGCACCCUGACAGCACAGCCCCAGUCCCUGCCACAGAGCUGGGGGCUUUCCCUGGGGCACAGGCACACAGGCACCAUGACAAGAAUGCUGCUGCUGCUGCUGCCACUUCUGGCCCUGGCUGAAGCCUGGUUGCAUCCAUUCCCCUCCCCAUGCCGGCUCCACUUGCAGCAGAAGCAGCAGGCUGUCCUGCGUACACCUGCGGGCAGCAGGCUGGCAGUGCUUGCUGCCUUUUCUCUCCUUCUGAUACACGGACAUGCACAAGUGCUGCUGCAACAGAGUCCACCACCUGUUACCAGAACGAGAUCCAGAACUGUGAAUAUUGAGUGCAAAGCCGAGGGAUUUCAGAAUGCCUACAUCCACUGGUACUGACAGCUGCCUGCCAGAGCUCCUGAACGGCUCCUUUCUGUGACAGCAGAAUUACAAGUUUCCUAUGAUUCGGAAUCCGAUAGGAGCAAAUAUUUGUCCUAUAAAAGUGAGAAUAAAAUCUGCACUCUCUCAGUUCACAGCACACAGGACGGAGAUGAAGGUACCUACUGCUGUGCCUACUGGGAGUCUCACAGCGGGAGCAGCCUGCAGGCAGCCCUUACAGAAAGCUGGCUGCAGCCUGAGCGGCACACUUUGAUACAAGUGCCGAGAAACACAGCAGCCUUCCUGCCCCCAUCUCUCAGCCUUCAAGGUGUCCCCACAGGCUUAAGCAGAGGAAGGAAUUCCAAGACGAAAGCCAAGACACUUACGUGGCACUGUCUGUGUCACUAUUCUGUGCAGUCUGAAUCCAUCGUUUCCUCUCCUUACCAGCAGCCGUCCUGCCCCUAAUGUUCACUUUUUCAAUGCUGGAAUGGCAGCACUAAGGGACUUGCUGCAAAAUGAUGGAUCUGUCACAAGGAAACUGGCAGUAGAGUUUACAGAACAUGUCCUGAUGUGAGGUCUGUAGCGCAUGCUGCAGUCGACAAAGACCUGGAGAAGAUCCAGAGCAGAUUCACUCUCUCAGUCAGAGAUGGGGGAACAUAACUCUGGAAAGAACAUGUGGUGGUAGGGGGUGCUGUUUGUGGAGACAAACAACAUCCAGGGUUGAUGCAGAUGGCUGAGGAGGCCCAUGGAGUUUUUCCAGGCAUGAGGAAUUCAGGAGUUCACCAUCAACUAGUCAAUUUGUGCUACAAAAGCAGGCAGCACUUUCUAGGCAGGGCUGAUGAAAGAUGCUUCUGGGACAGACCUGGGGGUCUGAGGAGAGCAGAGUGACCUGGGGAAGGGCACAGCUGAACAACCCUGCUUUCUACGUGUGUGCUUAACAAGAUAUAUGGGUAAGAUGAAAUGGGAUGUAGCAGAUAGAUAGAUAGAUAGAUAGGUGCACACAAAACAGUUGCUGGAUUGAAUAUUUUAGGUCCUUUCUACGGAGAAGGAAUUGAGUCGGAUGGGGGGACACAUUUUGAAAGUUCCCUUGCAAAUUCUUGGGCCAAAGAUCUUGGCAUCGAGUGGACUGAUCUCAUAUUCCCUUGCAUGCGCCAGCUGCUGGUAAAAUCCAACUACAGCGGGUUGUUGAAAACGAUGUUGAAGGCAAUGGGGGGAGGAACAUGAAAGUAGUGGGAGACGCAUUUGGCAGAAGCCACCUGUUGGCCAGCGCUCAAGAUCUAUGAGCCUAGAGAGGUGCAGUGGAAAUGCUGGUAGCACGAGGCAUCUGACUGUGAGGACUGAAGGGAGCUGCUGAACCACAGCCUGAGCCUCUGGUCGAGCGCUGAUCAGCCCUGGGAGCACAGUGAAGGCAAUGCGCUGUGCUGCUGGGAGGGAUGGAGCCUGGCUGCGCCUCUCCUGGACCCCCUUUGAGAGCUGGCUGCCAAUGGGGAAGGGUCUCUUUUGGGGAUCCCUCCUGUGGAGCUUUCCAGGGAGCCAGGAUAAGGGUGAGGCCUUCAUCUCUUCUUUGUGCUGUCACAACCUGCUCUGCCAAACUCUUUGUGUGUCUCUUAAUUACAGCACCUGGAUCGUCAUUGAUUACACAGAAGAGUGAAGGGACUAAAAGAGAACGUAAGUCACAGAGAAGCUUUCCAACUCACUGCUGCAUCACAGCACUGCUUAUUGCAAGAGUCACAGAACAACGUUUAUUUAUACAUCAUGGAAGCAAUACAACAACAUAUCUCCAUUUGUAUAUAAUUAAGACAGAUGUAAAAAACAAAAUAUAUUUAUUUCUAAUUAAUUAAGACAGAUGUAAAUAAAUAACAUAUUUAUUUCUAUUUCAUUGAAACGUGUAAAUAAAUAAUAUAACAUAUUUAUUUCUAUUUCAUUGGGGCAUACAACUUCAGAAUUAACUUCAACCCUAUGGAAUUAAGAAGAACAAGGAACUUCACAAUUACCUUAGAUCCGAUGAAAUUAAAGGCAUAUACCUUCAGAAUUAACUUUGACCCUACGUAAUAAAGGCAUAUGCCUUCAGAAUUAACUUAGACCCUACAUAAUUAAGGCAUAUGCAUUCACAAUUAACUUAGAUGCUAUGGAAUUAAGGCAUAUGCCUUCAGAAUUAACUUAGAUGCUAUGGAAUUAAGACAUAUGCCUUCAAAAUUAACUGAGAUCCUAUGGAAUUUAGGCAUAUUCCUUCAGAAUUAACUGAGAUCCUAUGGAAUUAAGGCAUAUGCCUUCAGAAAUAACUUAGGCCCACAAAAUUAAGGCACACACCAUCAGAAUUAACUUAGACCCUACAUAAUUAAGGUAUAUGCCUUCACAAUUAACUUAGAUGCUAUGAAAAUAAGGCAUAUGCCUUCAGAAUUAACUUAGAUACCACAUAAUUAAGGCAUAUGCCUUCACAAUUAUCUUCGAUCCUAGGCAAUUAAUGGCAUAUGACUUCAGAAUUAACUUAGACGCUACAUAAUUAAGGCAUAUGCCUUCAGAGUUAACUUAGAUGCUAUGGAAUUAAGGCAUAUUCGCUCAGAAUUAACUUAGAUCCUUUGUAAUUAAAGCCAUUUACCUUCCUAAUUAAAUUAGAGCCUAUGGAAUUAAGGCAUAUCCCUUCAGAAUUAACUUAGGUGCUAUGCAAUUAGUGGCAUAUGCCUUCAGAAUUAACUGAGAUCGUAUGGAAUUCACAGAAUCAGAAUCACAGAAUCACAGAAUCACCCGGGUUGGAAGGGACCCCAAGGAUCAUGUAAUUCCAACCCCCCUGCCUAGCAGGGCCACCAAACAUCCACAUUCAGAUCAGGUUGCCCAGGACCCCGUCCAACCUGGCCUUAAACACGUCCAAGGACGGGGCAUCCACAACCUCCCUGGGCAGCCCGUUCCAGGGCCUAACCACUCUCCUAGUAAAGAACUUCCCCCUAACAUCCAACCUAAAUCUUCCCUCCUUCAACUUAAAACCAUUUCCCCUAGUCCUGCUGUUGUCAGCCCUUUUGAAGAGUUGACUCCCCUCCUGGGUGUAGGUUCCCUUCAGGUAUUGAUAGGCUGCAAUGAGGUCACCCCGCAGCCUUCUCUUCUCCAGGCUGAACAAGCCCAACUCCCUCAGCCUGUCCUCAUAGGGGAGCUGCUCCAGCCCCCUGAUCAUCUUAGUCGCCCUCCUCUGGACCCUUUCCAAAAUCUCAAUGUCUUAUUUAAGGCAUAAAUCUUCAGAAUUAACUUCAACCCUAUGCAAUUAAGGCGUAUGCCUUUAUAAUUAUAUCAGAUCCUAUACAAUUAAGGCAUAAGCCUUCAGAAUUAAAUACACCCCUAUGGAAUUAAGGCUUAUGCCUUCAGAAUUAACUUAGAUCGUAUUUAAUUAAAGGCAUAUGCCUUCAGAAUUAAAUUAGAUCCUACAUAAUUAAGGCAUAUGCCUUCAGAAUUAAAUUAGAUCCUACAUAAUUAAGGCAUAUGCCUUCAGAGUUAAUUUAGAUGCGAUGGAAUGAAGGCCUAUGCCUUCAGAAUUAACUGAGAUCCUAUUAAAUUAAGGCAAAUGCCUUCAGACUUAACUUACAACUUAUGUAAUUAAGGCAUAUGCCUUGAGAAUUAAGGGUGGGAAGGAGGGGCAAAGGGAGAGGGGGGCA